AUGAAAGCCUACCGUGAAGAUCCGUCCGAUAAAAAGGUCGAUCUGGGUAUCGGUGCCUAUCGCGACAACAAUGCGAAGCCCUGGAUCUUGCCCGUCGUCAAGAAGGCCGAUGACGCCAUUCACAACGACCCAUCCUUGAACCACGAGUAUCUCUCCAUCGGCGGUUUGGCCGAGUUUACCUCCGCAGCACAAAAGCUCAUCGUCGGCGCUGAUAGCCCCGCCAUCCGCGAGAAACGAAUCUGUACCUUGCAAACCAUCUCGGGAACCGGCGCGUGCCACCUAGGCGGCCUCUUCCUCUCCAAGUUCCACCCUCAGAAGCCCUCCAUCUACCUCUCCAAUCCCACAUGGGCCAAUCACAAGCAGAUCUUUACCAACGUCGGCCUCAAGCUCGCCGACUACCCUUACUUCUCCCCCACGACCAAGGGCCUCGACUUCGAUGGUAUGCUGCAAGCGCUGCAGGCAGCGCCCAACGGCUCCGUCAUCCUCCUGCACGCCUGUGCCCAUAACCCCACCGGCGUCGACCCCACCCAGGACCAGUGGAAGCAGAUUGCCGCGGUCAUGCGCGAACACCACCACUUCCCCUUCUUCGACACCGCCUACCAAGGCUUCGCAUCCGGCGAUCUCGUCCGCGACUCAUGGGCCAUCCGCUACUUUGUCGAGCAGGGCUUCGAGCUCUGCGUCGCCCAGUCCUUCGCCAAGAACUUUGGUCUCUACGGCGAGCGCACCGGUGCUUUCCACUUCGUCUCUGCCCCUGGCGCCGACGCUUCCUCUGCGAAUGCAAACAUUGCGAGCCAGCUGGCUAUCCUGCAGCGUUCAGAGAUCUCUAACCCGCCUGCUUAUGGUGCCCGCAUUGCUAGCAAGGUUCUUAAUGACCCUGCGCUCUUUGCGCAGUGGGAGGAGGAUCUCCGUACGAUGAGUGGUCGCAUCCAGGAGAUGCGUCGUCGUCUGCGUGAGCGGUUGAUUGCGAAGGGUACACCUGGUAAUUGGGAUCAUAUUACCAGCCAGAUCGGCAUGUUCAGCUUUACGGGUCUGAACGAGAAGCAAGUGAUGACGCUACGGUCAAAGUGGCAUGUCUACAUGACCAAGAACGGCCGUAUUUCCAUGGCAGGCCUGAACACAAAUAACAUCGACUAUUUCGCCGAGGCUGUCGAUUCCGUCAUCCGCGAAGCAUAG